AUGGGGAACUCAUUGGUAUGUUUCUCACCAUCACACAAGAAACCCAACAACAACAACUUCAACAGAGAGCCCUCCAAACGUUCACCAUACUCUUCACCUUUCUUGUCCUCCAUUGCUAGCACUAGAAGAUCAAACGGUUCAAGCAAGAAGAAAGAGAUGCUUGCGGAUGAUUUGCUGCUUCAACAGCAAGCAAUAGAGGCUGUUCUGCUGUUCCAGAACCACCAGAAGAACGCUUCAUCGAUACCGCUUAACCGAUCCACUUCCGUGGUUUAUCCCUCUCCUGGCCAACAGAAUCAGAGCUUUACAAAAAGCUCCAGCUCUAGGCAACGUUUGCGUUCGGAUGCUGUCAGCUUUCAGCCCCUAGAGCUUGUUGAUAAGCAGGAUGUAAAGACUGAUGGUCUGGAAACCAAUCAUUUCAUCCUUGUUCAUGGAGGUGGCUUUGGUGCUUGGUGUUGGUAUAAAAGCAUGACACUUUUAGAAGAAAGUGGGUUCAAAGUUGAUGCAGUUGACUUGACUGGUUCUGGAGUUCAUUCCUUUGAUACCAACAGCAUUACAAGUCUUGCACAAUAUGUAAAGCCACUCACUGACAUCCUUGAGAAACUUGGGGAUGGGAAGAAGGUAAUUUUGGUUGGACAUGACUUUGGUGGCACAUGUAUCUCAUAUGUAAUGGAGUUGUUUCCAUCAAAAAUUGCAAAAGCCAUAUUCAUUUCUGCAGCAAUGUUAGCUAGUGGGCAAAGUACUCUCAAUCUGUUUGCUCAACAGACCGGUUCGAAUGAUCUGAUGCGACGGGCUCAGAUUUUCUUGUAUGCCAAUGGGAAGGAUCAACCUCCAACAGCCAUUAAUCUUGACAAAAAAUUGGCUGAAGACUUAUUGUUCAAUCAAAGUCCUGCAAAGGAUGUUGCAUUAGCAUCAGUGUCCAUGAGGCCAAUCCCUUUUGCACCAGUGACAGAGAAGCUCUCUCUUUCCGGCACGAAUUACGGCUCUGUCAGGCGGUUCUUCAUAGUCACUCAAGAAGAUCAUGCCAUAAGCGUUCCUCUACAGGAGACCAUGAUCGAAUUAAACCCCCCGGAACAAGUUUUCCGGCUUAAGGGCUCUGAUCAUGCACCUUUCUUCUCAAGGCCACAGGCUUUGCACAGGAUAUUAGUAGAGAUAUCCCAGAUUCCUCCAAUUUAG